UGACUGGUUAGAUUCAUAUCAAGGACAUCAUGUGACAGAAAAGUUGAACCGAGUGUCCAGUGGUGGCGUUUUUAAGGCUAUGCAACCGGCGUUGUCGUUGCGUAACCCAGCAGACGGUCUUCAUUUAGUUAGACAAUGGAGAGAGAAAGGAUCGGAUUAUCUGGAACUGGAGUGGACAUUUCCAGCUCGCAGUUCGUCAGCUACUCCAGGAUGUUUUGUGGAUCUAAGAAUAAACCGAGGACUCGCAGAACACCAAGAAAACUUUGAAAGAUGGCGUAAGAUUGAAGAGCCUGACUUGAUAACGGGGAGUUUGAAGUGUAUGGAUGAGUUCAAAAAGCAAAGAGUUGUGGUUCCUGUUAAAAUAAGCGGUCACUCAGUUGAUCACAUAGUUCAAGUAUCUCUACGGAUCGUUAACGGGGAGGGUUUAGAUGGAGUAAAGUGGAAAACACUACACGUAACUAUUCAUAGACACCAAGGCAGUCCACAUCUGGUAAUGAGUGUCAUUUGGCUGACUGCACUUAUACUUUUGUGUAUGUUGUUAUUAUGCACUAUGAUCUAUAAAAAGUAUUUAUACACUUUCCUUAAAACUAUAAAAUCAAGUAAAAACACAGACGAUUGGUACAAGACUAAGAUAAUAUUAGACACUGACGAAGAGGGCCCGACAACACUACUUAAAAUUCAUCUUCCUAUUUAACAAGCACCAUUUAAAAAAAA